UUUGUGUUUAGUCAGGGAGCUGUGCCUCUCCCAGGAGCACGUCAACGCAUUGUUUCCGAUGAUCCAAGAGAAAAAGUCCAUUGUUGUUACGAAGUUUUUAAUCUGGGGAUUUAAAGCACAUCACAUGCUCGGACCGGGCAGCGGGGCGCUCCACAACAACAGAAAACUGGCUGCUGCAAGAAAUCCAUGCUGGAGAGAAAACUAUUCAUCCCGAACGGACCGAGCAAUCCUGAAACACACCGCGCAAUGCUGCUGCGCUUUUUAGGAGAGAGGAUCAGACUCGGGGAAGAAGAGUUUUAAUACUGCGAGCAGUGCAAGGAAACUUUUUGUCUCUCUCUGGACGGUCGGACAUUUGGGAUAAACAUGACGCUCAAGUACAGCCAGCGGUCUCUAAUAGUUCUGUCUUUACUGGGGAUUCUAUCCGCCAUCAUGUCUGUUUUGUCCGUCAUUUUAAUUUUCCAGCUGCAGUCUCAACAGGUGGCAAUAAAGGAGUCUCCCCCGUCCACCUCCGCGGUCAUACCUCCCAAGGUCUGGGCAGUGUUGCUGCCUGUCUCCGCGGUGCUCUCUGCUCUGUCCCUCACACUUCAUUUAAGCUCUGUGGUGGUGUGUCUGCUCCACAGCUAUUUCUCAACAGAAGUCUGCAGAGGAGAGCACGACACUGAGAGAGCAGACUGGUUCCUUUUGGAUAGCAGGUCUAUUCGACACGUGGCUAUAGGACUGUUCUGCAUUGGGGUUUCUGUUUAUUUGGCAGCUAUGUCCAUCUUCGUGCUCCUGAUAUUUGAGCUGGAGACCGGAAUUGCAAGCGCUUGCGUACUCUCCUCUGGGAUUUUAAUCCUCCUGUUUGUUGUGACCCACUCUCUGGUUAAAGCUACUUGUGGUGCCAAGCAGCGUAAGACCGACCACCUCGGCACUCACUAUGAGAACGACCACGGAGGCGGCAGCAAACCUCUCCCCCGACCCUGUGAGCUCAAGAUCGGCGUGGACAAACCACGAAUACACCGGACUGAAUCUCAUGUACAACAUCCGAUGUCCUACCCUCAAUAUGGUAACCCGAGACACAGAGAGAAGCACCAGCAACCGCAGUACUCGCCUGAUAGAGGUUCCCAGGGCCGUACUAGUGAUAAAGACGGAUACAGCAGUGGUGGCAGUGGUCCCAGAAUGCACAGGACCCUGUCUACUGAAUCUGGUUUACUGCAAGCCCAGGCUAAACCCUGGAAUGGGGUCAACAAUGAGAUGAGGAGUAUUCUCGCUCGCAAGACUGGGAUUACAGCAAAAGACUCAACUCUUGUGUGAGAUAAAGGAAGCUGAGCAUGUGGUUAAAGACUUCGAGAAGAAGACCGUGAACAUAAAUGUUCUCUCAUGAACUUUCAUUUGUAUCCUUUCACUCAGCAUGUGGAUCAUGAUGGAUUCCAGGAGGACUGAGACGUAAACACAUACCAGAGUUUUGCCCACUGAUCUACUUUGAAGUAUACAACUUUAUUAGUUUCAUUCGAAGAUACUCAGCACAACUUUUAUAGAACUUUUUAGUGUUAUCUAUGGAUGAACUUGAUUUGAACUCCAUUAUGAACACCAAUGUUGCCCCAGUAUAAAUCCCACAAAUGUAUAGCUUUCAUUGUGAUAAUGUAAAUACUUUAUUCUGCUGUAUCUGGUAGCUUUUUGCCAAAUAUUUGUGCACCGUGUGCUGUUUUGUUUUAUUAUUUGUGUAUUUCAUAUCGACCUAAAAUAAUUUCUGAAAAUAAUAUAGAUUCAAAGUAGGCUGUCUUUAUGUCAUCUCAAUAAAACAUUAAAAUCC